AUGCCAGAUGUCAUAGAAACACAGCUGCUCAUCAACAACGAGCUGGUCCCCGCGAGCGACAAUGCCUUGUUCGACCUCUUCUCGCCGCACACGGGAGAGCUCGUCGCAAAAGUCGCUGAAGCUACACCCGCCGACGUAAACACAGCCGUCGACGCCGCCCAAGCUGCUUUCCCCGCAUGGAGCGCCCUCUCGCCCGCCCAGCGCGGCGUCCCGCUCAAGAAGAUGGCCGAUCUGGUCCUCGCGGAGGUCGACGAGCUCGCCAGACUCGACGCCCUCGCCAUGGGGAAACCCGUCGGCGAGUUCCCCUUCGACGCCACAUAUGCCGCCACGCACUUCAACUACUUCGCCGAGGCGGCAUAUCCCCAGGGCCACACGAGCCUGAAUAAGCCGGGCUUCUUGAACAUGAGCCUCCGCCAGCCGUUCGGCGUCGUAGCCAUCAUCAUCCCGUGGAACGCGCCGCUCAUCUUCUUUAGCAAGAAGGUAGCGCCCGCCGUUGCGGCGGGGAACUGUGUUGUGGUAAAGAGCAGCGAGAAGGCGCCGUUAACAUCCUGGAAGCUCUCCCAAUGGAUCGCGCAAUGCGGCUUCCCCCCAGGCGUCAUCAACAUCCUCUCCGGCCACGGCCACAUCUCCGGCCAAGCCCUCGCCGAGCACAUGAAAGUCCGCGCCCUAUCCUUCACAGGCAGCAUGCGCACCGGCCGCCUCAUCCAGAUCGCAGCCGCACAAUCCAACCUCAAGAAGCUCGUCUUCGAACUCGGCGGCAAGUCCCCCGCCCUCAUCUUCGAGGACGCAGACCUCGAGCUCGCCGCAAAGGAGACGGAGAACAGCGUGAACUGGAACUCGGGCCAGACGUGCAUGGCCAAUAGCCGCAUCUACGUGCACGAGAGCGUUGAAGACGCUUUCCUCGCGCUGUUUGAGAAAUUCGCACGCGCGCGCCGCCUUGGCGAUCCGCUGGCAACGGGCGUGAAUCAUGGCCCGCAGGCAGAUAAAGCGCAGUCCGAUGCGGUGAGGAGAUACAUCGCCAUUGGGAAAAAAGAUGCACAGCGCACCAUCGACACCACACCAAAUGAUGCCUCACCAUCAUCAAACCUCAUCCACCCCGUAAUCUUCACCCAAGUCCCCGAAUCCUCACCCCUCACGCGCGACGAAAUCUUCGGGCCCGUCGUCAUCAUUAAUAGUUUCGCCACGGAGCAAGAAGCCAUCGCCAAAGCGAAUGAUACGGAAUUCGGCCUCUAUGCUGCGCUCUACACCAAGGAUCUCGAGCGCGCGAUGCGCGUGGGCAAGAAGCUGGAGAGUGGGAUGGUGGGCGUGAAUUGUACGAGUCCGACGGGGUGUUGGGAUUUGCCGUUUGGGGGGUGGAAGGGGAGUGGGGUGGGGAGGGAGAGUUUGCUGGAAAGCAUGGAUCAUUACCUUGAGGUUAAGACGCUGUAUGUUAGGGUUGGGGGGAUUGGGGGGUGA